AUGUUACAAAAUUUAUCUACUCGAGACAUGCAAAUUCAAAAUCAAAGAGCUAUUGCACAACAAGCAAAGAGACAAUGUGAACAAAUAGAGAGAGCUGCUAAUCGACGAGCUAUUGCUCAACAACAAAGAAGAGAACGUGAAUCUUCUAUUCGUUUAUUUCAAAAUAAUACUCAACAUUAUCUUGGUCGCAUGGAUAAAGAAUGUAGUUACUGUGGUGCACUUCACUGGUUGGAUGAACGUGUAACAACAAGUUCAAAAAAAAAUCUAAGAUUUGGAACCUGUUGUCAUUAUGGAAAAGUUAAUCUUCCUCAUCUUCAAGAUCCACCUCUUCUAUUACUAAAUAUUAAUCAAUCUGUUAUUCAUAAACAAGCCCCAUAUAGUUUUCAAAUUCAUGGUGAAUUAUGCCAUCUUUCAGGUGUACUUCUUCCUGAUUUUACUACAACAGCAAGUUAUACACAACUUUAUAUUUAUGAUUCAGAACUUGUACAUCAAACAAGAAUGAACUGUAAUGAAAAUUUGAAUCCUCAAAUGAU